AUGUCAUCGGUGUUUCAUGGACAGAAGGUGCCUUCCGGCCGGAACACGCUUCACUAUUCCGACUUUCCCAAUAGUACCAUCCAAACCUUUGUCGGAUGUAUAGUCCUAGGAUCGUCAACGCCAGGCUGUUAUUACGUGACCUAUAGCUACAGUUCAUUAACGUGUUAUCUACACAAACAACUGCAAGGGAGACAACCCGUUAUUGACACAAGUCGAGUGUGGUCAAAAAACGUGCAAUGUAAAAGUGGAUUUGUGUACUUUGAAGAGAUCGGAGCCUGCUUGUACUUCAGUGAUACCACUAAGUUGAGUUGGACUGAAGCGAAAAAUGAUUGUGAGGAUCGGCACGGACGCCUUAUUGUUGCCAAUACCAUGCAGAUAGUUGACGCUUUGGCUGAUCUGUUUAAAGAUAACCUAUUCUGGAUUGGAGGGUAUCAUGACAUUCACCAACUCGGGUCCGUAUGGAUGUGGAUUGAUGGAGGAAGACUUAACGUUACCCAGCAUUUAGCGACACCAGGGGAUGAUACAUCGAUGGAUGCUCCAGCAGGAUUACAAUGGUGUCUUGCUAUGGAAUAUGAAUACUUUUUGAAUAAGACGAUACUGAAAACAAAGGACUGUUCUUUGGCGAUAUGCUAUCUGUGUGAAAUGAUCUAACUGCGGUUAGAAUCAUUGUCUUUUGUGACACUUCUGGGUUUACGUUGUAUUCAUAGGUCUAUGAACCGAUUGACUAUUAAGACUAGGGUGUAUAUGACGUCAUAACAUACCUUUUAUUCCCUCAAAGUUUUAUUGAAUUAUUAUUUUAUUAAUUUCAUACGUAAACAAAUAUCUGAUAGCAAAAAAGAUCAAGGGAAUAUUUCCGACAAAAAUAUCAUUCCGAUGUUUAGUGAAUUUUUAAUAUACUUUUAAUGAAUGACUGAUACUUAAGGAUUGUGUAUUGUGAUGUAUUCCCUAUGUGCCUGUAUGUUGUGACUAUUCUAACCCUGUAGCGCUACAACACAUUGAUCAAUGUUUUCUUCUAUUGUCAUUGUUCAGCAAGACAAUAUCGUCGUUUUUUGAGUUGUUUGAAAGAAAUAGGAAUUGCUUACAUUGGAAAUCAAUUCUAAUUUAAAGUAAUGCAGCACGUAAUUUCAGUAGGAUUGGUAUGGAAUUCGAUGAUCCAGGUUGUUCCUAUAAAAUUGUUCUUUUAACACAUAGCCUGUUAUUACUCUUCUACAUCCAUAUUUCGUUACGUUAUUAGUGGCGAAAUUACAGAGAAAUAUUGAUAAUUUUAGUCAAUUAGCCCCAUUGAACAACAUAUUUUUGCUGGAAGAGUUCGAAAAAGCGAAAAUGCCAAAACGCAAAGAAGUUACGAUAGGUCUCGUAAAAUGUUCCCGCACUGCAAACUGCAAACACUGUUGAUCGCCAUUUUGUCCCGUUACGCUGCAGACAUAACGAAGGUUGUCAUUUCGUACCAUAGCGCCGCGGACAGAAUUUCUGAUUGAAAGGUCAUCAAUCAGCGAAUUCAGUUUUCAGGUUUUUUUUAUUUACCUUAAUUAGGUUGGAAGAAGAAGACUUUGGUUGAUUAAGAGUGUUGAUGAUUAUCACUAUACCUUUUUAUUUAUUGAAUAAUAAAUAAAUAGUUAUGUCUGA